GGCAGUGGAAGCGCACGCACCUCGGUCCGAGUCGCCCAUCUCUGCGACAGGCAUAUCGGAGAAUGAAGACGGGAGAGACCCUCCCAGCGAACUUUCCUGUCGACAUCCCCCAGACCGGAGAUGUCAGAUCCAGAGCCGUCCAACAACUACAACAGCAUGUAGUUGUUACGGUCCAGCCACCAGAUGCCGUGGAAACAGUCGCCUCAGAUGAGGCAGAGCCUAUGUCUGUCGAUCAGCAUGUCGGCCGGGAGGAAGGAGAGGCCCUCGAAGGGGGAAAAUGGGUACUUCCCGUUGAUGGUACAGACAGUGAACGCGAGAACUUCAACUCAGGCGAUGUGCAUGCGACACAGACUCAAGAGUCAGCGCCGCCGCAGAGUGUGUCGUGGCACUGCAGGAGCUGCCUAAAGAACCCGUGCGACGAGCCUACCGCGACGAUGUGCGGGCAUAUAUUCUGCUAUAGGUGCAUCGUCCGUGAGAUAUCGGACAAGAUGCAGUGCCCUGUAUGUAACAGACUCUUCUUGCUGAGGCUGCACGCGACAGCAUGAGCAGAAAUCGUUGACAUUCGGCCAUAAGUAGAGGAUGAAUUGGUACAUACGUUAUUUGUCGCGGCGACACAUUCAAAUGCCAAUC